GUCAACUCCCCCGCCAGCAGCAUCCCCGCGCCGAUUUCCCUCCCCUCACGCACGCCCGACACGAGUACAUUUAUGCACCUCUUCCGCGUCGGCAAAGCGUACUUGACCUUUUUCAAAUCCGGCUUUUCGGCUAUCCUUUCGAACUACAAAUCGACCCGGUCGCUGCAAGACCUAGCGGACAAGCACGGCCUCCCCACGCUCGUCUCCUCCGCCCGCAUCACCCGCACCCAGUACCAGCACCUCGUCCGCGCCCGCCACGAUAUCCUCCGCGUCCCCGCCUUCGGCCUGAUCUUUAUCGUGUUCGGCGAGACUAGCCCGUUCAUCCUCCCGUUCGUCCCGCACCUCGUCCCGUACCCCUGCCGUAUCCCGCAGCAGCUGAACCGGCAGCGGCGACUGGCCGCCGAGGCGCGCACAAAGGCGUUCGCUUCACUAGCCGCGGAGCCGACCGCGGAGAUCGCAAAACGGGAGCUGGGACAGCUGAACAGUGAGGAGCUGCGCCAUGUAGCCCGCGUCUUGGGCGUGGACUCGCUCCUACUCCCGCUCGAGGGCCUGCGAAGACACCGCGUCGCGAAAAGGGUGGAGCACUUGGCGCUCGACGAUGCGCUGUUGCAGCGCGGCGGCGGCGUCGAGGCGCUGGAUGCGGGCGAGGAGCUGGUCAUGGCCGCGCAGGAGCGCGGGAUCGAUACGUUCGGCAGACAGGAGCGCGAUAUUAGGGAUGCGCUGGCGGGGUGGGAGAAGGUUACGAAAGCUGUGGGAGGGGUUAGGGCGGGCGUGUGGUUGCUGAAGCCGGAGACGUGG